AUGUCUUCAUCAUCGUCUAAUGAAAUUGUUGGUCGUUGUCUUUGUGGUGAAAUCAAAAUAAAAAUGACUCAUGAAUGUUUAACCGAUAAAUCAUAUCAAAUCGUAUUAUGUCAUUGUACAAAUUGUCAUCGUGCUGGAGGUGGAUUGGCAUCAUUAGAUUUAAUAUUACCUGAAGAUAAAGUUAAUCUAUUAGAUAAUAAAUCAUUAUUAAAAAAAUAUAAUGAUACAAAUACAAAAUCAAAAAGUCUAACCGAACGUUAUUUUUGUAGUCAAUGUGGUAGUCCUGUCUAUUCAAAAAAUCCGGAAACUCAACCAAAGAAAAUUAUUAUUAAAUAA